CGUUGAGUUUGUGAGGGACCUUAUACAAUCUUCUCGUAUAUGAGGGUGGAGGUCUAUUUACCGAACCCUUCAGAAUGGCCUCGGAAAUAUCCUUCUUGGAACGGCUUGAUGGGCUGGCCAAUGAAUUGCUAGCCGACUGGAACAUCUAUACAACCUUGAUUGCCGGCGCCAUUGUUGCCUUCGCCGUCGUUUCGUUCGUCACCUCCAAGGAACCUGAUAUUCAUCCCUUCCUACUAGCUCGUCAGUCAACUGCUUUCCCCGUCCGACAGCCAGGCGAAUCCGCCGCGCAUAGAAGCUUGGAGACUCCACAUGGAUUUCCCCUCAGAUCUGGCCUGAAUGUGAAGGACCCCGGUGCUCCAAAAUGGACCAGUGGGAGAAAUGGCGAUUUGCGUGAUGUUUGGAAGGCUGCAGUACGUGGAACAGUUGAUGAGAAUGGCACUGUUACUGGCAAGCAAGGCAAGAUCUAUACGGUUCUUGGGAAGCAGGCAAUUGAGCAUUCGUUGGACCAAAUGACAGCAGAAAUGAAUGUUAUCGGAAAGCAUCUGCAAUCGGCGAAGGUGAAGGCUGUUGCGGUUUGUCUGACAGAUUCUGUCGAGCUUUUGACUUCCAUAUUCGUUGGGGCUUUCUACGGAUUUAAGAUCAUCAUUAUCCCACACAAUCUUGACCCGAAGGAAUUGUCUGCCUUGCUCCAGAAAUCCGAGGCAGAUGCUCUAAUUGCAGAGGCAGGAGCACUCGAUCUGGCCUUGGUGGCUAAGGACAACAAUCAGCUUUCGCAAGUUGUCUGGGUCGCAAAACUUGGAAGCAGACAUAUGGACUGGAAUGACGUGCCUAAGGAGGUUGAGGGCCGUUUACAAGUGGCUGUCUGGCAUGAGCUUGUUGAGGAAAAGAAAGACUUGUCUGGUCUAGAAGUCCCUGAAUGGGAUCCAAGCUCACCAACACCCUCCCUUACCACUGUCUGGCCUUCUUCAUCUCACACCGGUGAAUUUAUCGAAUAUGGUCCAAAGAAUCUGGCUUCUGGUAUUGCCGGCUUGAUGUUCUCUUUGCCUCGGAACCAACGGAUCAAUAGCGGAGACUUGGUCCUUUCAAUUGAUUCCCUCUCGCGGCUGUAUCACCUGUGCCAAGUCCUGGCAGCCAUCUUCUCGAAUGCCUCUGUGGCUCUUAAUUCUGUUGCUGGGGAAGAUGUCGAUUUUGCUCUUGCCACCGUUGGAGUGUCCCCUACUGUCAUCGUCGCCUCUUCUCGCACCAUAUCUGAAUACCACUCCAAGUUUAUGAAGCCACACUCUGGCCUUCUUUCGUCAAUUGCUCGUUGGUUUCAGGUGCGAUCUCUGGACUCCGGAAGCAUGCCAUCGCAAGGUUUCUUUAGUCGGCUUGCCACUGUUGGUCCCAUGGCGGAGCUCUCGCUAAGCAGGCUGCGCUUGCUCUGCAUUUCCCAUCGCAUUGAUGGGGAUUCCGAAGGGCAAUUAGAUUAUGAGCAACUUACAGACCUCAGAGUUUUCACUGGGGCACGCGUGGUGUACGCUCUAGCUGCCCCAGGCGUUGCUGGGGCUAUCUCCCAAACCAAUAUCUUCGAUUAUCGACGUUUCCAAGGACCCAGCCACUUUGGAGCCCCCUUGAGUAGCGUAGAGGUUACUUUAACUAACGUCCCGGAUGGUUUGGAACAAGGCCAAAUUACUGUGACCGGCCCGGCUGUAAUCUCCGGCAAAACAACUACUCAGAUUCAAGCACGCAUUCGUGAUGAUAAUACCUUUGAGAUUCUACCAUAAAUUCAACAAUAGGAAAGGGUACCGGACAUGAAGGUUUAUUUCGGGCUUUUUUGUCUCUCGUCCGACUUGGUUGCUUUAUUUGUGCAAUGAUAAAGGAUAUUCCACUGCAUUUAGCGUAGUUUUCAACUCAGAGUUCAUAGAAUGAACGAACUUUUUUUUUUUAAAAAAAAAAAAACAAUAG